AUGGGGCGUGACAAGAAAGACACUCUCAUCUCAAAAGCAGCACUAAACGUCGAUGAGUGCCGGACUGACCAUAGACUUUUAGUCAGCCGUCUGAGAGCACCAAAAUAUAGGAAGCCACGAUCCCACUUUUCAAACCCAACACGCAGAAAAUUCAGCAUAUGCAACCGGAAGAACAAAAACGUUCGCUCACACUUCCAGGACAUACUGACUGAACAACUUAACAAAGCUCCAGCAACCACAGAUGAUGUCGAACAAGAAUGGACCACAUUAAAGAACAUCAUCAAAGAAACUGCUGAGAAUGUUGUUGGUCUUAGUGCACGGAAAAGAAGUGACUGGUUUGAUGACAACCAUGGAGAAAUCCAAGCCAUCGUCAAUGCAAAGCGGGAUGCUUACCUAUCCCUUGCUCAAUAUCCGUCCUGCUCAGAAAAGAAAGCACACUUUCAAGAACUCAAGCAGAAAUGUCAAAGUGAAAUACGAGCAAUCAAGAACAAAUUGUGGCAACAGAAAGCCACAGAAGUCCAAAAUCUUUCCGAUGCAAGGAAUCUGCGUGGCUUCUACGCUGGUAUUAAAGAGCUGUAUGGACCUAUCCGCUCCUCGUCAGGAACACUGAAAGCUGCUGACAACUCCACCAUUCUUACUGAAAGUCAGGACAUCUUAAAUCGUUGGAAAGAGCACUUUAGCUCACUGUUAAACGGCCCUUCUACUGCCGCAGGAGAUUUUCUCAAAAAUGACCCACAGCAGCCUCCACAAUCCUGGAUGGCUGAUACUCCAACUUUUCAAGAAUUUUGCAAGGCACUCAAUAGUCUGAAACCUGGGAAGGCUCCUGGACCUGACAGCAUCCCGAUGGAGUGUAUUGAGGGUGGCGGCUUGCCUCUAAAAACUAGACUCUUCUCACUCAUUCUGUUAAUGUGGGAAACCCGCAAGGUACCAGCUGACUUGAAGAACUCCACAAUUGUCACCAUCUUCAAGAAGGGCUACAGAAGCGUCUGUGGUAACUACUGGGGAAUAUCUCUACUCUCUGCCAGUGGCAAAAUUUUUGCAAGAAUCCUUUUAAAUCGCCUCCAGACACUUUCAGAGACUAUACUACCUGAGUCUCAAUGCGGGUUUCGACCUUCAAGAGGGACAAUUGACAUGAUUUUCUGUGCACAACUACAGGAGAAGUGCAGAGAACAGCAAAAGCCUUUACUACUUGGUUUCUACCAUCUAGAAAAGGCCUUUGAUACAGUUCCCAGAGAAGCCAUGUGGAUGGUCUUAAAACGGUUCGGCUGUCCUGAACAUUUUGGUGACUUGAUUAAAGCUCUCCACGAUGAUAUAACUGGACAGGUCCUCUGCCAGAAUGAAACAACUGGUGAAUUCCCAAUAACAAGUGGGCUUAAACAAGGAUGCGUUCUUGCACCAACACAUAGAAGCACUCAAGAAAAUAAGAAACAAGACAUUGAUGAAGAAAAGAAGAUGGAAGACAUUGCACAUAUUGCAUAUGAAUGUAACAAGGGAAAGAUUUCACAAGAAGCUAAUGAAAAAGAAGAUAUGGUCAUGGUUGCUGAUAUUGCAUGUACAGGACAUUUGUGUAAUGAAGUGAGCAAGUUAACAAAUGCUGCUUUCGUGGUGUUGGAAUUUAUUUUAUUAGACAUGCGACGUAAAUGUAAAGUUGUUGGUUCAGUGAACAUUAACCCAUCGCUGCCCUUAAGGAAGGGUUUUUGCUGCUGCCCACCCCACACCCCACCUCCUUCCCCUUCACGGAGCUCUCCGGCUGCAGGCAAGGGCAGCACGGACGCGGCGCUGCGCCACUGGCCGCCCCUGAUAACUCCGGAGACUUUUAUGAGGCGGCCCGCCAAGUUAUUCCCGCCUCCCGCUGGCUGCCGGGCCGGCCAUGUCCGCCUCCCUCCAGCAAACAAGUGUUCUCCGGAGCUAAAAGUCGCCUCGGCUCUUUUAUAA